AUGUUUGUAAGCCCAUCUUCUUCUGUAUUGCCAGAACCUUUUGAAGCCUUCAAAAUAGAAGAAAAACCUAUUGAAAAUGUUAACUAUCUUGAUGAAACUCGAUGGCAAGAUUUAAACAAUUAUGAAACCUUUGCAACAAAAAACGAGCCUGAUGAAGAAAUGAAGGUAGAAGUCCAUUAUAUAUUCCAUCACGCCAUAAUUGCUUUAGCAAUCCAUUUGAUCCACGUUGCAUUUGGUCCUGCGUCUCUUCCUGUUUUAUGAUUUUUCUUUGGAAACAACUUAUGUACAAAUAUGGGCUUCAACUGGCACCCAUUUUACAUAUUUGAAUUUGUCUCAUGGUUUUGAGUACUCCUUACGGUAAUUUAUUUUAUUUUAUUCCCAGAACAGUUUAGCUCUACAUCAAGUCUCAUUAUAUCAACAUCAACCAUAAUCACACUACGGCUAUUAUUAGUUUCGAUAAAAUAUGGAUACUAUACUGAGAAAAAUUGAAAAAUGAUGAGAAAUGAAAAAAUUGAUAUAAAAUCUUUGACAAAAUACUUAUUAAUUGCAUCAUGGUUAACAAUUCCUACUGAUUUAAUUAUUGAAGAACAUUUAAAGAGCUACAAACGAUUGAAUAGGUUUCCAAAUUCAUUAUUUUUAAAAUUUGAAAGUGGAUUACCGAUGAAAAUAAAAGAAAGAAUUAAUAAAAAUGAGGAGAGUGAGGAUCAUUGUCUUAAGUUUAAUAAAAAAGAAACUAAUUGUAUUUCCACAAUAGCUUUGACUGAGAUUUUGAUAGAAUUAUCAAAUAAUAGAGCAAUAUCAAAAAUUGAGAUGCGAAUAAUUGAUGUUUUUGCUGGGCUUUAUACUUUUUUCCCUAUAGUUCUCAGUCUAUUUUCAAUUCAAUUUGAUAAUUCAUUGGAAGGGAUUUUCGGCGUUGCCUAUGCUGUAUUUUCAAUGAUAAUUUCAUUUAUUUUUACAAAUAGAUUCCUUCUAUAUAUUUAGCUUUUUUUAAAAUAAUGAGAUCUAUUUCCCGCAUCUCUGAGGGCCGAAAGUUGGCUUUAGUUCUGGGCGUUUGGAAUCGUUUUCGGUAGAAGUUUUUCAGUUUGGGGAGAAAAUUUUGAGCGAUAAAUUGUAUCCUUAGCGGUAGCAGGGAUUAAAGAGUCCUUUGACGUAAUGAUACUAGUCGCCGUUAGACUGUAGACUUUACCAAUUUUUGGGGCAUUGACAGAAAAAGAGAGUAUUAGAUAUAUUAGUGUUUAAGACCUCUUUGAAUCUCAAAGCCAAAAAACCGAUAGAGACUCGAAUGAUCCUUCUACUCUUACUUAAUAUAAUCUAACUAUAUAUUUAUGUAGGAAUUGUUGAUAUGAAAAGGCGAAAAUUUUUAAUGAAGCAAUGUGCAGCGUUAAUUUCAUGCCAAGAACUUGAUAGGUCAUUUCCUAAAGAAUAUCGACUCCCUUCAUUGGAUUUUACUGACUUAAGAACUAUUGAUUCCUGAUAUAUCUAGCCACCUAAAUAAUCUAAAAUUAUAAUAAAAGAAAAUGACUAGACAUUAUAGCAUUAAUAAACAUGAAAAGGCUUAUAAUAUGAGAGCUGCAUGCCUGGACUUUGGGAGAACUUACACACAUCGAACCUUUGUUUACUCCUCUUUAGUUCUCCCUUUAUGCAUUUUUAUAAUUCUUGGAAUUAUUUUGCAGUUUUUUGGAGCUGUGAAUUUUUCUGUAAUAAUCAGCAAAGCAGCAUUGGCUUCAAUAAUUUUUUUGAGCUUUAUAAGUUUGAGUGAAAUACUUUAUAUCAUUAUUGUUGGGUCACAAGUAAACGAUUCUUUUGAUUUGCAUAAAGAUUUAAUUGUCACUUUGAGCAAUGAUAUUUUGCAUUUAAGAGAAAAUACAGAUGCAAAGAAUAGCAUUUUAUAUCAAGCGCUUAUGUCGGUGUAUUAUAAGCUUGAACAAGAUGAUAGGGUUAGACCUGUAAGAAUUAUGGGAUUCAAAGCAAAUUCUGGAUUUAUGUUAAAUUUGGGUGCGUUGUUUUGAAGCGGGGUGCUGUCGUUAGUGCAAUUUGUGUAUACGUCUGAUAAUUUGUUUUGUUUAAAUAAUUAG